AUUAACUGGAAUACACCUACUAUAAUUUUUAUUUCUUAGCUAACUUACUAAAUAUAUAUUUUCAUUGUUGUGUUUUAUGUUUUAAGUGAACUGUGAAGUACUGAAAGUAUCACAGGCAGGCACACUAUUAAAUUGUAAUCACGGUCUUUCGAAUUCGACGUAUCCGUUCACGGUGUUUAGUACACCGAGUGUCGUGGCGUAAAUCGGUUGCGAUGAUUGCGAUCGUUGGUGUACUAGGGGCAUUUGUUGCUGUGUCCCUAUAUCUAGGACUAUGUUUGACUCUCAUAUGUUCUAUAGCACUUGGUGCUAUUUACCUGUUAGUAUUUCACUCAAGAUGGUGUUAUGUUGCCAUUAAAACUGCUCCUAGAGAUUUGAGGGCACUCUGUUGUUAUGCUAAAGUCUUAUUGCUGGCAAGAAAAUGUGCAAGGAAUAACCUUACGGUACCUGAUAUAUUUCAUGAGGUUGUUCAGAAACAUCCAAAUAAGGCAUGUUUCUUAUUUCAAGAUGAAGUGUGGACAUUUAAGGAGGUGGAAGAUUUUAGUUUACGUAUGACAGCAGUCAUGAAAGCACAAGGCGUCAAGAAAGGCUCCAUCGUUGGACUCUUCACAAGCAACUGUCCAGAAAUGCCUGCUCUCUGGUUAGGAAAUGCUCGCCUUGGGGCUGUAACACCACUCAUCAACACAAACCAAAGAGGCAAAGCUCUAUUGCAUUCAAUAAAUGUUGCAAAAUGUGAUGUUCUAAUAUUCUCUGAAGAGUACUUAUCAGCGAUUCAAGAUAUAUCCAGUGAACUUGAUACCUCAUUAAAGCUGUUUAAAUUCUCACGACCUAGCUUGAACUCGGCCAAAAGUGAGGAGGCUAGUGGUGAUGGCAUCCCUAACUUAACUAAGUUGAUUGAGGCAACACCACCAGCCACAUGGACAAAGGCAGAUGCAGAUGGCUUCCUAGGAAACAUACUUUAUAUCUAUACAUCUGGGACUACAGGAUUACCUAAGGCAGCAGUAAUUUCAAACUCAAGGUUUAUUUUCAUGGCGUCAGGCAUGCACCACAUGCGACUCAACUCCGACGACAUCGUGUACUGCACUCUGCCACUGUACCAUACCGCCGGCGGGGUGGUCAGUGUAGGACAGGCGCUGGUGUUUGGCUGCACCGUCGUUCUCAAGACCAAGUUCUCGGCUUCUCAAUUCUUCCCGGACUGCGCGAAGUACAAGGCGACGGCAGCCCACUACAUUGGUGAAAUGUGUAGAUACGUGCUGGCAACACCGCCCUCUCCCGCCGACAAGCAGCACAACGUGCGGGUCAUCUUUGGAAACGGACUUCGGCCGCAGAUUUGGACCGAAUUCGUGGAACGUUUCAACAUCAAAUAUGUCACGGAGUUUUAUGGAGCUACCGAAGGAAAUGCCAACAUCGCUAACACGGACGGCACUCCGGGAGCCAUUGGCUUCGUGUCCAGAAUUUUCCCGAGCGUGUAUCCCAUCGCCAUCAUCAAGGUGGACCAGGACACCGGCGAGCCAGUGCGGGACUCCAGCGGCUUGUGCCAGAUAGCUGGUCCGGACGAGCCAGGCGUGUUCAUCGGCAAGAUAUCUGCAAACAAUCCGUCGCGGGAGUAUUUAGGGUAUGUGGACAAGGCGGCCUCCGACAAGAAGAUCGUUAAGGACGUGUUCACACAUGGCGAUUCUGCUUUCAUAUCAGGGGAUAUCCUAGUAGCAGACGAGUUGGGAUACUUGUUCUUCCGGGAUCGGACCGGAGAUACAUUCCGGUGGCGCGGCGAGAACGUGAGCACCAGCGAGGUGGAAGCUGCCAUCUCGCGCGUCGCAAACCACAGAGACGCUGUUGUUUAUGGCGUCCUGAUACCGAACACUGAAGGAAGGGCGGGCAUGUGUGGCCUGGUGGACGCUGACAACACCCUGGACCUGGAGCAGCUGGCCCUCGACCUGAGCAGGGAGCUGCCGGCUUACGCGCGACCCGUGUUCUUGAGGAUCAUGAGCGCCAUGGACAUGACCGGUACAUACAAAAUAAAGAAGACUGACUUACAAAAAGAAGGUUUCGAUCCGAGCUUAGUGAAGAAUGACAAACUUUACUAUUUAGAUACCAAACAAAAUAAAUACAAACCGCUCGGUCGCGAAGAGUUUGAGAAUAUUUGUAACGGAAAAAUUAGACUGUGAUGUGACUGAUUAGUGGGAAAUAAAGCAAUUAAAUUGCUUUUAAAUUUCAAGGUAAACCAAUAGCAUUGUCUAAUACUCUCUUUAUGAAUUCUCAUUGGCUUAAGCAUGCUUUAUACAUUUUAUUAUUUUGAAGAUCUGCAACAGUCAUUAUUUAAAGCCAUAUACACAUAUUAUAUUAUAUUUUUUGAAAUAACUGUAGGGAAUAAAGGUCUGAUGUAAUGUGAUGAAAUAUUAAUCUUUUUUUUUUAGUUUUUAUUAAAUUUAUCAUUUAUUGGCAUUUUUCUGUUGUUUUUAUGUGGUCAUUCCCAAAUGAUUCUGUGAAAUUUGUAAAAUAUAGCACCAAGUGUAUGUAUAUUUUGUUGUAUCAAUGUCUUAGUGUAGGAUGGAAUUGAUUUUUUGUUCUUAUUAGGGUUGAUGGUGUUAAUCAUUUAGGAAAUAAAAUUUAUAUUUUUA